AUGGCACGCAGCUCCAAGCUGGCGGUGGCCAGCGCGGCGGCCGGUGGCAUGGCGCUGCUGAACGCCGCCGCUGAUGCCUUUGUGGCGCCCACGCCUGCAGCGCCGAGCCUUCGCGGCUCCAAUGCAGCCAUGGCGCAGGCUCAGAGCACCCCAUCCUCCAGCGCCUUACCGGCUAUUGCCUGCGGGGGUGCGGUGGCUGCUGCGGCGGUCGCUGCCCAGCGAACAGGCGUUCGCUUCCUGCCGCGAGCGCGGAGCAAGGGUUCAAAAGGGGCAUCGCCCCUUUCCACUUUGUCUGUAGGCCGGUCGCGCACUUCCGGCCUGCCCAGUGUCCAAGUCAAGGAGAGCGCCGUCACCCGUCGCGCCCUGGACCAGUCCAGCCGCUAUGCAGACCUCUCCCUGGAUGAGGCGACCCUGAUCAAGAACGGCAAGCACGUGCUGGUGGCCUACAUCAUGAAGCCCAAGGCCGGCUACGACUACUUGGCCACGGCUGCGCACUUUGCUGCUGAGUCCUCCACGGGCACCAAUGUGAACGUGUGCACCACCGAUGACUUCACAAAGUCGGUGGAUGCCCUGGUGUACUACAUCGAUCCUGACAAUGAGGAGAUGAAGAUUGCGUACCCGAACCUGCUGUUCGACCGCAAUAUCACUGAUGGCCGCGGCAUGAUGUGCUCCUUCCUGACCCUGGCCAUCGGCAAUAAUCAGGGCAUGGGUGAUGUCGAGUACGGCAAGAUCUACGACUUCUACCUGCCCCCUGCGUUCCUGCGUCUGUACGAUGGACCGUCUGUGAACGUGCAGGACAUGUGGCGCAUCCUGGGCCGUGGCACGACCAACGGGGGUCUUGUGGUGGGCACCAUCAUCAAGCCCAAGCUGGGCCUGCAGCCGAAGCCGUUCGGUGAGGCGUGCUACUCCUUCUGGCAGGGCGGUGACUUCAUCAAGAACGACGAGCCGCAGGGCAACCAGGUGUUCUGCCAGAUGAACGAGUGCAUCCCCGAGGUGGUGAAGGCCAUGAGGGCGGCCAUCAAGGAGACCGGCAGCUUCAAGCUCUUCUCCGCCAACAUCACUGCGGAUGACCCGAAUGAGAUGAUUGCCCGAGGCAAGUACAUCCUGUCUCAGUUCGGUCCUUUGUCUGAGAACUGCGCCUUCCUGGUGGACGGCUACGUUGCGGGCGGCACUGCGGUAACCUGCUGCAGGCGCAACUUCCCCAAGCAGUUCCUGCACUACCACCGUGCCGGCCACGGCUCAGUGACCAGCCCCCAGACCCAGCGAGGCUACACUGCCUUCGUGCACACCAAGAUCUCGCGAGUCAUCGGCGCGUCUGGCAUCCACGUGGGCACCAUGAGCUUCGGCAAGAUGGAGGGCGAUGCAUCAGACAAGAACAUUGCGUUCAUGCUGCAGGACGACGAGGCGGAUGGUCCUUACUACCGCCAGGAGUGGCAGGGCAUGAAGCAGACCACGCCCAUCAUCUCGGGCGGCAUGAACGCGUUGCGACUGCCGGCGUUCUUCGAGAAUCUGAGCCACUCCAACGUGAUCCUGACCGCAGGCGGUGGCGCCUUCGGCCACAAGGACGGCCCCAAGAUUGGUGCCAUCUCUUGCCGUCAGGGCGAGGAUGCCUGGAAGGCAUGGAAGUCGGGCCAGUACGGCAACAUCAGCCUGAGUGACGGCGUGAUUGAGUUCGCCAAGACCCACGAGGAGAUCAAGGGUGCGUUCCUGACCUUCCAGAAGGACGCUGACCAGAUCUACCCUGGCUGGAAGGAGAAGCUGGGCUACACUGGUGAGUCCUCCGUGCAGGCGGCAAGCUUCGACUGGGCCAAGCGCGCGUCGGCGGCGGCCUUUGUGGGUGCCAGUGUGGCCCCGUCCAAGAAGGAGAGCUCGGUGACGCGCCAGGCUUUGGACCAGUCCAGCCGCUAUGCUGAUUUGUCCCUGGAUGAGGCGACUCUGAUCAAGAACGGCAAGCACGUGCUGGUGGCCUACAUCAUGAAGCCCAAGGCCGGCUAUGACUAUUUGGCUACGGCUGCCCACUUUGCUGCGGAGUCCUCCACGGGCACCAAUGUGAACGUGUGCACCACCGAUGACUUCACAAAGUCGGUGGAUGCCCUGGUGUACUACAUCGAUCCUGACAAUGAGGAGAUGAAGAUUGCGUACCCGAACUUGCUGUUCGAUCGCAACAUCACUGAUGGCCGCGGCAUGAUGUGCUCCUUCUUGACCCUGGCCAUCGGCAACAAUCAGGGCAUGGGUGAUGUCGAGUACGGCAAGAUCUACGACUUCUACCUGCCCCCUGCGUUCUUGCGUCUGUACGAUGGACCGUCUGUGAACGUGCAGGACAUGUGGCGCAUCCUGGGCCGUGGCACGACCAACGGCGGUCUUGUGGUGGGCACCAUCAUCAAGCCCAAGCUAGGCCUGCAGCCGAAGCCGUUCGGUGAGGCGUGCUACUCUUUCUGGCAGGGCGGUGACUUCAUCAAGAACGAUGAGCCGCAGGGCAACCAGGUGUUCUGCCAGAUGAACGAGUGCAUCCCCGAGGUGGUGAAGGCCAUGAGGGCGGCCAUCAAGGAGACCGGCAGCUUCAAGCUCUUCUCCGCCAACAUCACUGCGGAUGACCCGAAUGAGAUGAUUGCCCGAGGCAAGUACAUCCUGUCUCAGUUCGGUCCUUUGUCUGAGAACUGCGCCUUCCUGGUGGACGGCUACGUUGCGGGCGGCACUGCGGUAACCUGCUGCAGGCGCAACUUCCCCAAGCAGUUCCUGCACUACCACCGUGCCGGCCACGGCUCAGUGACCAGCCCCCAGACCCAGCGAGGCUACACUGCCUUCGUGCACACCAAGAUCUCGCGAGUCAUCGGCGCGUCUGGCAUCCACGUGGGCACCAUGAGCUUCGGCAAGAUGGAGGGCGAUGCAUCAGACAAGAACAUUGCGUUCAUGCUGCAGGACGACGAGGCGGAUGGUCCUUACUACCGCCAGGAGUGGCAGGGCAUGAAGCAGACCACGCCCAUCAUCUCGGGCGGCAUGAACGCGUUGCGACUGCCGGCGUUCUUCGAGAAUCUGAGCCACUCGAACGUGAUCCUGACCGCAGGCGGUGGCGCCUUCGGCCACAAGGACGGCCCCAAGAUUGGUGCCAUCUCUUGCCGUCAGGGCGAGGAUGCCUGGAAGGCAUGGAAGUCGGGCCAGUACGGCAACAUCAGCCUGAGUGACGGCGUGAUUGAGUUCGCCAAGACCCACGAGGAGAUCAAGGGUGCGUUCCUGACCUUCCAGAAGGACGCUGACCAGAUCUACCCUGGCUGGAAGGAGAAGCUGGGCUACACUGGUGAGUCCUCCGUGCAGGCGGCAAGCUUCGACUGGGCCAAGCGCGCGUCGGCGGCGGCCUUUGUGGGUGCCAGUGUGGCCCCGUCCAAGAAGGAGAGCUCGGUGACGCGCCAGGCUUUGGACCAGUCCAGCCGCUAUGCUGAUUUGUCCCUGGAUGAGGCGACUCUGAUCAAGAACGGCAAGCACGUGCUGGUGGCCUACAUCAUGAAGCCCAAGGCCGGCUAUGACUAUUUGGCUACGGCUGCCCACUUUGCCGCGGAGUCCUCCACAGGCACCAACGUGAACGUGUGCACCACUGACGACUUCACAAAGUCGGUGGAUGCCCUGGUGUACUACAUCGACCCAGACAAUGAGGAGAUGAAGAUUGCGUACCCGAACUUGCUGUUCGAUCGCAACAUCACUGAUGGCCGCGGCAUGAUGUGCUCCUUCUUGACCCUGGCCAUCGGCAACAAUCAGGGCAUGGGUGAUGUCGAGUACGGCAAGAUCUACGACUUCUACCUGCCCCCUGCGUUCCUGCGUCUGUACGAUGGACCGUCUGUGAACGUGCAGGACAUGUGGCGCAUCCUGGGCCGUGGCACGACCAACGGGGGUCUUGUGGUGGGCACCAUCAUCAAGCCCAAGCUGGGCCUGCAGCCGAAGCCGUUCGGUGAGGCGUGCUACUCUUUCUGGCAGGGUGGUGACUUCAUCAAGAACGAUGAGCCGCAGGGCAACCAGGUGUUCUGCCAGAUGAACGAGUGCAUCCCUGAGGUGGUGAAGGCCAUGAGGGCGGCCAUCAAGGAGACCGGCAGCUUCAAGCUCUUCUCCGCCAACAUCACUGCGGAUGAUCCGAAUGAGAUGAUUGCCCGAGGCAAGUACAUCCUGUCUCAGUUCGGUCCUUUGUCUGAGAACUGCGCCUUCCUGGUGGACGGCUACGUUGCGGGCGGCACUGCGGUAACCUGCUGCAGGCGCAACUUCCCCAAACAGUUCCUGCACUACCACCGUGCCGGCCAUGGCUCAGUGACCAGCCCCCAGACCCAGCGAGGCUACACUGCCUUCGUGCACACCAAGAUCUCGCGAGUCAUCGGCGCGUCCGGCAUCCACGUUGGCACCAUGAGCUUCGGCAAGAUGGAGGGCGAUGCAUCAGACAAGAACAUUGCCUUCAUGCUGCAGGACGACGAGGCGGAUGGCCCAUACUACCGCCAGGAGUGGCAGGGCAUGAAGCAGACCACGCCCAUCAUCUCGGGCGGCAUGAAUGCGCUGCGAUUGCCGGCGUUCUUCGAGAAUCUGAGCCACUCCAACGUGAUCCUGACCGCAGGCGGUGGCGCCUUCGGCCACAAGGACGGCCCCAAGAUUGGUGCCAUCUCUUGCCGUCAGGGCGAGGAUGCCUGGAAGGCAUGGAAGUCGGGCCAGUAUGGCAACAUCAGCCUGAGUGACGGCGUGAUUGAGUUCGCCAAGACCCACGAGGAGAUCAAGGGUGCGUUCCUGACCUUCCAGAAGGACGCCGACCAGAUCUACCCUGGCUGGAAGGAGAAGCUGGGCUACACUGGCGAGUCCUCCGUGCAGGCGGCAAGCUUCGAUUGGGCCAAGCGUGGCUAA